AUGAAGCGUGAGAAGAUCACCAAUGGCAGUAAAGUCCCGUCUAUCUCAGGAUCUAUACGUUCCGACCUUGCUCUACCUGGGACUAUGGAGUUAGCUCCAAUCAGGAUUCCUCGUCCUCGAGCCGAAGCUUUCCCACCCAUUAUAGAAGACUAUCCCGCAGGUCGAUACGUUCAGCGGUCAGCAGAACUUUCUGACAUUCCUAGCUUGGACAUUUUCCGAAAACCAAACGUUGAAACCAUUCCAAGCGCUCGACUUAUGGAAACUUCUUCCGCCUUUUCUUUUCCUGCAUACACAGAAGAGAGAUCAGCAGCUAGUGUGAGAAUACGUUCUCAAACAGGACUUGAGAAUGUUCAAAUUUCUACAGAUGCUAUGCCAGCUACGUUACCUCGGAUACGAAAUAAUCCCAUAAUUACAACAGGAAAUCUCAACGUCGACUCAAUGGAGGUGCCUCCAGGGCCUCUAAAGCAGGGAAUAGUCUCAGGAUCUGAUGAUAAACCGGAUGAUAUCAAAGCUCGUGCGAUAUUCAAUAACUUCUCAAUAAGCUAUCAAAGAUUUGUAUUUUCUCUUCUCAAAUUCCCUGCCCUCGUUCUCGUAUUCGUGUCAUUGUGGACAUUGUGGAGCAGAGGGCAAUAUAGUGACAAAACGGAAAAAAUCAGUGAUGAGCAGAAUGCUGCCAUAACUUCACUAUGUACAGGAGGUUUCAUCUUAUCAGCUUAUGUGCUCCUCAUUCAAAAUCAUCAUAAUUGUUAUUCAAAAGCAAAAGCCAUGAUUUAUUUGUAUCAUAUCGUGUCGCUUGGAGCAUUUGCUGGAUCAACGAUUGGUUUGAUUUUUGGGUCAAUAGGCAUUUCGAAAUUGAAAAGUCACAUACCUCCAGGAGAUAGACCAAUCCAUUGUGUUCAUUACAAUCAGUUCAAGAACUGCUUAACAUACCAAGACAAAUUGACAUACGAAUCGAUUAUCAUAGGUACGAAUGCUAUGAUUAUCUUCUUUUCCGUCACAACAAUGCUAUUUGGAGGCUUUGCUCAAUAUCUACUUCCGAAAAAAUUGAAAGAGGAAUACUUAAAGAUUUCGGAGCAUCGAACCUAUACUAACCAAGGACUGAGCUUUUAA